AUGCUGCUAGACAAUAUCUGCCCUGAUUAUGGGGACAUCUUCAUUGAUCGCCAAAUUAUCAAAAAGCUCGAACAGGUCACGACUCUUUCUCUCAAGAGGCCCAACGCAUUUAAUCACGGUGUGCUGAAAGGAAAUAAAGUGACAGGGGCGAUUCUCCACGGCCCACCAGGAACCGGAAAGAGUCACCUAGUAAAAGGCAUGGCAAAGGCGUCCAACUUCAACAUGAUAUCAAUAUCGACCGCGGAGAUCUGGCAGAAAUGUCACGGGGAGGAUGAAAAAGUCAUCAAGGCGGUUUUCUCUAUGGCUCGCAAGCUGUACCCCUGCAUCAUUUUUGUGGACGAGGCCGAUGCAUUGCUGGGGUCACGCAAGGCCGGCGAGAAAAGACACAUUCGGUCGAUGCUGAAUCAGUUUCUGAUGGAAUGGGAUGGAAUACUGAGUGGAUUGGAAUCGCCUUUCGUUCUGCUCGCGACAAAUCGUCCAACGGAUCUUGAUCCGGCAGUGGUUCGACGUGCCCCUAUCCAUAUUCACCUCGACGUGCCUACCGAUAGGGAAAGAGUUGGGAUAUUAAACCUAUUACUGAGAGAGGAGCGUCUUUCCAGUGAUAUUGAUCCUUUUACUUUAGCCAAGCUGACGCCUGGAUAUACUGGCUCGGAUUUGAAAAAUCUGUGUGUUACUGCAGCGACGGAGUGUGUGGGGGAGCAACCAUUCGAUACUCAUGACCGAACUUUAUCGAGACGUCACUUUUUAACUGCAACAAGAAUGGUCAGGCCUGUAGGGCUGAGCAAGGUCAUGGCGAACGAGUUUCAGAACUUUCAAAAGGGGACGCGGCAGGAAGAUGGUGGACAAGAGUAA